AUGUGGAAGAGAAAUGACCAUCAACCCAAGAUCAAAACAAGGGAUGGACCUCAAGUGGGUCAGUUCAAGGAAUCGGGUUCAGCUCUGGAACCUGCCGUGCCACACCCUCUAGAGCUGCCAGAACUGCAGAGCUUCGUGGUGUUUGAGGACAUUAGCCACCACAUCAAAGAAGCGGGGGCCCAAAUGGUGAAGAAAGUGAAUGCCAUCUUCCAGCUGGACAUCACCAAAGACGGGAAGACCAUCCUGCAGAGGACCAUUGAUUUGAAGAACGGCUCUGGGGACAUGUAUCCAGGAUCUGCCAGGCUCCCAGCAGACACUAUCUUCACAAUCCCGGAACCUGUUUUUAUGGAGUUGGUUUUGGGUAAAAUAAACCCUCACAAGGCUUUCCUUGCUGGCAAGUUCAAAGUAAGUGGCAAAGUUCUGCUUGGCCAAAAGCUGGAGAAGGUUUUCAAAGACUGGGCUAAAUGUUAA